CACUAUGAGAUACAUUGUGUGACAUGAAUAAUGUGUUAUCGAUGUACAUACACAUGAAUAACAUUUUAUAAAAAUCAAACGGGAAGCAUUUUAUUUUGAAUGCGCGGCUCAUUUUCCGGGAUGGUCACAUGGUAUUUCAAGAUGGCCGCGCCCAGCAGCGAAGUGUAGAGGCAGACAGGAUUGUGAAAGCAGGUUUUACUGACCGUCGAGGAGCCGCAGGACGCAGCUGACAUCUCCACAGAGAGACCGAGGACCGUCUGAGUAACCUGUCUCCCCCACAGACCCGCCGACAUGAGCCAAAACGAUUUAAUCCUCCCCAAGGACUUCCCCCAGCUCAAGAACGAUACAUUCCUGCGAGCCGCACGAGGAGAGGAAACUGAACAUGUCCCUGUGUGGUGUAUGAGGCAGGCUGGACGAUACCUACCAGAGUUUCGUGAGUUCAGAGCAGGGAAGGACUUCUUUGACACAUGUCGGUCGCCGGAGGCCUGCUGUGAGCUCACUCUGCAGCCUCUGAGACGUUUCCCCUUCGAUGCUGCCAUCAUCUUCUCUGACAUCCUGGUUAUCCCACAGGCCUUAGGUAUGGAUGUCCAGAUGGUGCCAGGUAAAGGUCCAACAUUCCCAGACCCUCUGAAGGAGCCAGAGGACCUGCAGCGGCUGCAACCUAAAGUGGACGUGGAGAAGGAACUGGGUUAUGUCUUCAAAGCCAUCACACUGACCAGACACAAGAUCGAUGGCAAAGUGCCGCUCAGGUUCACCGGAGCGCCGUGGACGCUGAUGUCCUACAUGAUAGAAGGCGGAGGCUCCAACACCCACUCGAAGGCGAAGCGCUGGCUGUACCGACACCCUCAGGCCAGCCACAUGCUGCUGAAGAUGCUGACGGAUGUGAUAGUGGAGUAUCUGCUGGGGCAGGUGGCGGCUGGAGCGCAGGCUCUGCAGGUGUUCGAGUCUCACGCCGGCAUUUUGGGCCCGUGGAGGUUUAAUGAGUUCUCUCUGCCUUACCUUCGAGACAUUGCUCGCCGCGUCAAAGAGAAACUCAAGGAGACAGCAAAAGACAUUCCCAUGAUUGUGUUUGCAAAGGAUGCUCAUUACGGUUUGGAGGAUCUGUCUCAAUCUCAUUAUGAUGUGGUCGGGCUGGACUGGACCGUUGACCCAAGAGCAGCACGGGAGCGCACAGGAGGGAAGGUCAGCCUGCAGGGAAACAUGGACCCUUGUGCUCUCUACGCUCCCAAGGAGCACAUUUCAAAGAUUGUGAAGAAGAUGCUGGAGGGUUUCGGGACGAGGGGCUACAUCGCCAACCUGGGCCACGGCCUCUACCCCGACAUGGACCCCGAGAACGUGGGGGCCUUCGUGGAAGCUGUGCACACACACUCUAAACAGAUAAACAAACGGAUGUAAAGGUGGAUGUCUGUGUGACGGAGUGUGUAAGCCAAUACCGUAUUACUUAAUUAAAAACAGUUUCAGCUUUAUCUGUUGAGUAAUCCAUCUUGAGAGACUUUCAUGGAGGGGAAAUAAAAACAAAUGAAUAAAAUAAACAAGAUGUUGGUUUUCUAUAACAAGAUUUUCUGUUCUAUGUUGAUCUGACCAGGAGUGGAUUAUGUUUUUCUAUUUGAAAUGGCGGCAAUCCAUUUUGCAUGUACGUUACACAUGUCAGUUGGUUGGGAUUUGAACUCAUAUUUGAUUUAUUUAAACAUGUUCAAAACGGAUUUGUCCUAUGAAAGCUAUUUCUUUGAUAUAUUUGUUUCCAUAAUGUCACUCAAACAAUUUGAGGCUACCCUUUAUAAAAGCUGUAAACAUCUUUUAAUAAAAACUGAGUUCUUCAUCACUAACA